UGGCCGCUUCAUCGUCGCCGUGCUCACACCGGACUGGCUGCUCCCCCGACGUCGGGCGUCAUGCCAAUGGGGCUGGUGGUUGGCAUGUUCGAUGCACCUUGUCCGGCGGGGUCGAAAUUCUCGCGGCCCCAUGUGACGUGAUGCAGCGGGAGCAAGCUCCGUCUCGCGGGAGCUUUAGAGCAACCGCAGACCCUUUUCACGACUCGGCCUCCAUCUUCUUUUCCUCCCCUUUCUUCAUCUCUCCUUCUCCGACUCCCUCUCUGUACUCUGGCGAUUUCUUCUUCGUUUUUUUGCACAGACACAUACACAAUGGCUGCUGAGAAGUACCACACCGAGGCCCUGGCCGGCCUCAAGGACUCCAGCCUGUUCAUUCAGGAUGCCUUCAUCGACGGCAAGUGGGUUGCCAAGGAGAACAAGUUCGAUGUCUUCGAGCCCUCCACUGCCACCGUCCUCGGACGGGUCGCCAACUGCGCCCUCGAGGACUUCCAGACCGCCAUCAAGAGCGCCGAGGUCGCCCAGACCAAGUUCUGGGAGAGCACAACUGGCAACAGCCGAGGCGCCCUCCUGAAGAAGUGGUAUGAGCUCGUCAUUGCCAACAAGGAUGACCUCGCCAAGAUCCUCAGUCUCGAGAACGGAAAGACCCUCGCCGAGGCCACCGGCGAGGUCGUCUACGCCGCCAACUUCAUCUCCUGGUUCGCUGAGGAGGCUACGCGAAGCUACGGCGUUACCAUCCCCUCCUCCUCUCCGCACACCACUCUGAUGACCGUCCGCGAGCCCGUCGGCGUCUGCGGCAUCAUCACCCCCUGGAACUUCCCCGCCGCCAUGAUCACUCGCAAGAUCGCCCCCGCGCUGGCUGCCGGCUGCUCCGUCGUCAUCAAGCCCCCCUCCGAGACUCCCUACUCCUGCCUGGCCUUCACCAAGCUCGCCAUCGAGGCCGGCCUCCCUCCUGCCACCAUCCAGGUCCUGCCCACCCGCGACCGAGCGGCUGCUACCGAGCUGGCCACCAACCCUCUCGUCAAGAAGAUCUCCUUCACCGGCUCUACCGGUGUUGGUAAGAUGCUUGCCAAGCUCGCCGCUGGUACCCUGAAGAAGGUCAGCCUGGAGCUCGGCGGUAACGCCCCCUUCAUCGUCUUUGACGAUGCCGAUGUCGACCUCGCAGUCGAGGGUGCCAUGUUCUGCAAGUUCCGUUGCUCCGGCCAGACCUGCGUCUGCGCCAACCGACUCUACGUCCAGAAGGGCAUUGCUCCCGCCUUCACCGCCAAGCUGGUUGAGAAGGUCAAGGCCCUCCAGAUGGGCGGUGGCCUGAACGAGACCACCACCCAGGGUCCUCUCGUCAACCAGUCCUCCGUCAACAAGGUCAAGGAGCACGUCGCCGAUGCCCUCUCCAAGGGCGCCAAGGUCGCCGCCGGCGGCACCACCCCCGACUCGCCCGGUUUCUUCCACCAGCCCACCGUCCUGACCGGUGUCACCCAGGAGAUGGCCGUCGCCAAGGACGAGACCUUCGGCCCCCUGGCCCCCAUCUUCGAGUUCGAGACCGAGGAGGAGGCUCUCCGCCUUGCCAACGACACCGAGUUCGGUCUUGCCGGAUACUUCUUCUCCAAGGACAUCGGCCGUGUCAUGCGCGUCGCCAACAAGCUCCAGGUCGGAAUGGUCGGUGCCAACACCGGAAAGAUCAGCGCCGCCGAGGCUCCCUUCGGUGGCAUCAAGGAGAGUGGAUACGGAAAGGAGGGCAGUCUGUACGGCCUUGCAGAGUACCAGAACAUCAAGAGCAUCACCAUUGGCAACUACUAAGGAAAAUAAGGAAGCGGGGAAUAUGUAUUCGGCUAUGAUAAUGACGAGGAUUAAAAAGCCCACGGGAAUGACCGAUGGGUGUUGACGAUGGUAUCGUCAUCAAAAUAAAAUAAAAUAACUUAAACCAUA